UUGCUUUUCAAAUUAAAACGGAUAGAUAAGGUUCUCAAUAUAAGGUUAUUUCUAUAAGUAAACGGCGUCGAUUAGUAAUUAUGUGUUAUCAAAUGUACAUAAAUGAUAAAACCACUGGAAAGAUAUCGCUGGUUUUUACAACAUAAAUUUAUCUUGUCGCGUUUAUACAUUUCACGAGCAGCGUAGUCUAAGUACCCGCUAUGUGGUAAACAAGCGCAAUAAUUUAAAAGUGUAAUGAAAACUGAAAAGUGUGAAUAUUCACGAGUUUACAAUGUCCAGUGAUAAGUGCAUCCUGUUUUAAUCAACAGUUCUGCGCUACAUCCUCUUUUGUGCUGCAUCAGGUUUUUUUCAGUUUUUUCGGUUACAAGUUAUUAUGAAGUGCGGUUUACUAAUUUUUAUGCUUAUCAGUACUUGCCAGUGCCAAAUUGGUGGAUUAUCGCAAUAUCGUAAGGACAGUGCGUCUGGUAGUUCAAAUUGUAUACUAGAAUUAAGAAAAGAAGAUGUAUCUGUGACCAAAGAAAAUGACGUAGUAUCAGUAACAUGGAAAAAUGCACCUAAUUUUGAUCAUUGCAACAUUACACUUCAUUUGGACAUAUUUGAUACUACUGGCCAACUAUAUUCAGCAAACACGUCUUUUCCCUCACACGACAUUAUAUUUCCAUUUAUUGGGUGUAAAGUUUACAACUUGUCGCUUGUGGCUACUAUGAACGUUUCAAGCGUCGUUCGAGUAACGUUCCCAAUUGCGUUUACUAAAGAGCCCUCCCCACCUACCUGUAAGACGGCGGAAAUAGGCACCUCAUUCGCAGUUUUGGAAUGUGCGCUGAAUGAUGAAGAAAGUCAGUGCGAUCUUUCAGAACUGAUAAUCGAUUGCAAAACUGAAAGUGGGCAAGAAAUGAGAAAAAUUGUGAAUGCAGAUCUCAUUAGUGUGAGAAUCGAAAAUAUGACCGCGUGCACCAAUUACACUUGUGUCGCAAUUGUUAAAGGUAGCGAUGGCCAGUUAUCGCAUCCCAGCACUUCCAUACCCAUAGAGACAAAGGAAGGAGUACCAGACCCACCAACACUCCACAAUGUGUCUUCCAUUACAAAUACAUCGUUUGUUAUUAAGUGGGCGGCACCUACGAAUAUCAACGGUGUAUUAACACGGUACCGCAUAACCGUGGCCCCAAAAAAUGCACGUUAUUACAUUCCCCAAAAUUGUUCCUUCGACGAUCGUAUUCCUCAAGAAUACGAAGCUGAUCCUGAUAUUAGCAGUCUUACUGUCGCUGAUGCGCUUUCCUACUAUGAAUAUGAGGUGUUUGUUGAAGCGAAGACAUUUGCAUAUGGACCACGAAGUGAAGUGAAACGAGUGUUAACCACUGGAGGAAUACCCGGUGAACCGCAAGAUGUUGUCUUUGAUCUGAUAGACGACAAGAGAGUUGCCAUAAGGUGGAGGUAUCCAUGUCCGGCAAAUGCAGCAAUUGACCACUUUCAUAUUCAGCUUUUUGGAGAUCCUCAGGCCGACUACCAGGUGCCGCAAACCAAUUCUACCCAUGGGACUCUUGCGACGAAUACAUCAAGCUACCAUUUUAUCUUUAUUAACUUACAACCGGCGUUUAAUUAUACCAUCGCCUUGAAAUCUGUAAGCGUAUCGGAUAAUUUAGAGAGUGCUACAGUUGUGGGUAACUUCCAAACGCCCGAGCAUAUUCCAGAAUCUCCCACAAUAAAAACCGUGACGAAAGUAACCGCAAGAGCGUUUACCAUAGAAUGGGAGGAACCAGUUAGAAAAAAUGGCAAAAUUGUCGGGUAUUACCUUCACAUAUUGAACAACGGUCCGAACCAUCUGAUCCCUACACUGUGCGCCAAGGAUACAAACGCUUACGAAUACUUCGUCGGUCCGAGCAUUUUAUCUUACAGGUUCGAAAAAGGCACGCCCAAUUACAAUUACACGAUCGCAAUACAGGCCGCUACAAAAGCAAAAAAUGGCACAUUGAGCGACCCGUAUAAUGUCGUUACGAGUGACUCAGGUAAUUAUAUGAGCUUUCACAAUGGCUGA